GUCAUGGGCGCUUUGCUCCGGAUGCAGUUGUCAUGGAAAUGGAGAAGUGCUCAGUGUCGGCCGGUGGCUCCCCUGUUACCAUGGAGAUCCCCAUCGCAGCAGCAGCAGCAGCAGCGGAGCAGGCAGAGCCCGUCUCCGUUCAGCACCAUGGACAGCGCCGAGCCGCAGCAGCAGCAGCAGCAGCAGCGCCGCAGCACAGACGCCAUCGCAUGCUGAUCGUGGUCGGAGAGGUUUCCACCAGCCAUCACCUCGACGCGGCCAGGAAGCAGAUCACACAAGGUUUGCGCUCGUGGAACGUGGAUCUGACCGUUUGUGGCCUGAACAAAGAGCUGCAGGCGUUCGAGACCAGACACACCGCUCAGUUCUCAGCACACGUCAAAGGCCAGCGAGUUCUCCAGUAUCAGAGUGAUGUGCUGCAGACAGUGGUGUUGGUGAACCCGUCAGAGGAGACGGCUGCUUCAGAGAUCCGCUCUCUGAUCACUGACUUUGCUGGGAAUAAGUUGUUGAUACUAAGUGGCCAGAGCUCUGAGCAGGGAGGUGACAUCCUACUGCAAGACGGAGCCUUCACCUGGCAAAACUUCUCUGACAUCAUCUCCAACCCUCAAGUGACUGAAGUCCUGUCCAGGGCCUCCUCGGAGCAGCCGUCAAGGCUUACUGUUUCCUGUCAGGGAGACGGGGGCUGGAGCUCCCUGGGCCAAAGCCAGGAGCAGCAGCCGAUCCAAAACCUUCUGGAAUACCGCUUGAACCCGGAACCCCACCUCCCCGACAUGGACGGAGUCACAGAGUUCACCGAGUAUGUCUCGGAGACCGUGGACGUGCCAUCACCCUUUGACCUUCUGGAGCCCCCGACCUCUGGAGGUUUUCUGAAGCUCUCCAAGCCAUGCUGCUACAUCUUCCCCGGAGGCAGGGGAGACUCUGCUCUGUUCGCCGUCAACGGGUUCAACGUCCUGGUGGAUGGAGGGUCGGACCGGAAGGCGUGCUUUUGGAAGCUGGUUCGCCACCUGGACAGGAUCGACUCUGUUCUGCUCACUCAUAUUGGGGCCGACAACCUCCCUGGCAUUAAUGGGUUGUUCCAGAGAAAGAUUGCUGAGCAGGAGGAGGAGCGUAACCAAGGAUCUGGCUCCAGCAGCAACGGUGACUGGGUGAAGAACCUGAUCUCACCGGAGCUUGGGAUCGUGUUUUUCAACGUCCCAGAGAAGCUCCGGAUGCCGGAGUCCACACUGAAAGUGAAGCGAAGCAUCGAAGAGGCAUCUCUUACACUGCAGUACCUCAACAAGCUUGGUAUCACACCAGAGCCGCUUCACAGGGUAGUGAGCAACACCAUCGAACCAAUCACUCUGUUCCACAAACUCGGUGUGGGAAAGUUAGACAUGUAUGUCUUAAACCCUGUAAAAGAAAGCAAAGAGAUGCAGUUUCUGAUGCAGAAGUGGGCUGGAAACAGCAAAGCCAAGACUGGGAUUACGAUGCCCAACGGAAAAGAAGGGGAAAUAUCUGUUCCCUAUUUGACAUCAGUUACCGCUCUCAUUGUUUGGAUUCCUCACCGUCCCUCAGAAAAAAUUGUCAGGGUGCUGUUCCCAGGAAAUGCCCCCCAGAAUAAAAUCUUCGAGGGUCUCGAGAAACUGAAACACCUGGAUUUCCUGCGAUACCCAGUGGCCACUCAGAAAGACAUAUCAUCCGGUGCACCACCUCCCGUCAUCAAGCAGACUAAAAUGAGAUCCAGAACUGACAGCAAAGAGAGUCUCAAAUCGUCACCCAAGCCACACUCUAAAGCAACUAAGAAAGAAGCCAGUGGGCCGGAGGAGGAGUCCAAGAAUGAGAUCAAUAAAGAAAAUAAAGCAGAAAAGAAAGAAGAGAAAAAACUCAAAAGUGAAAGUCUAAAAGCGACUAAGCAACAGAAAAACAGUGCGGUGGCGCCGGCGGCAGAGAAGAAAGAGAAAAAGAAAAUAUUCAAGGAAAAAACUGCCAAGCAAGAGAAAGCAUCCAAGAUGGAUGAAAAGAAAGACAAAGAGAAGAAAGACGUUAAAAAGGAGAAACGCGAAGUAAAGAAAGAUGAAAACAUUAAAAAAGAAGAGAAAAAAGAGGGUAAAGCCAAAGAGGAUAAAAAGAAAGACCCGAGCAAACCGGAGCUGAGAAAAAUCACCAAACCUGACCUGAAGCCUUUCACCCCAGAAGUGAGAAAGACUCUGCACAAAGCCAAGGCUCAGGCGAAGCCCAAGGCAGACAAGAAUAAAGCAGGCAAAGAGGAAGCCAAUGAGAAAAGACCAGUUCCGAAGAACAUCCCUGCAGAGGUGGCAGCAGCUGCUCUGGCCGACAGGUCCAUUGUAUCGUCCCCCGAGGACCUCACCGAGGACUUUGAGGCUCUGAAACAAGAAGAGCGAUCCAAACCCAAGCCCGAGCCAAUCCAGAAUGAUGUGAUGUCUGGACGUUCACGUUAUACAGAUAUUAAACUUUCUUCCUCCGUUUUCCCUGAUGAGAUAGUCACAUCUCCAGCCUCCGAGAUCAAAUCUGCUUCGCCCAAAUCCCCUGUCAGUCAGGAAGAGGACAACAAAGGCAAAGGCACAUUGGAAGAGGUGGCAGCCACUGAAAAGGACGACACAAGUGACGGCUUUGACAAGAAGUAUGAAGAGGAGAAGAUGGAGAAAUACGACAAGUACCCUGUAAAGGACGACAUGAAAGACAGAUCGAAGAAGAGUGACAGCUCGGAAGAGGAGGACGAUGUGAUUGAAAAAGCAGAACUUGAAGGAACGGAGGAUGACGAGGUCCUGAAAUAUAAAAGUGAGGAGGCGAAAAAGGAAAAACCCGGAAAGGAGUGGGACGCCAAGCCAGCCGAGCAGAAACCUACACCGACCGCAGCCGCGUCCGGGCGAACCGCAGCAGCCUCUGCCUCGGAGCAGUUCUCUUUCGUCCACGACGAGACGAUUCCCGGUUACUCCGAGACUGAACAGACCAUCUCCGACGAAGAGAUCCACGAGGAACCGGAGGACAGGAUCCCACAGCUGCGCUAUGAUGUCGGCUCCUAUGACAUCUCCGUUCCCGAUGUGCCCGGUAGCUUUGACUCCGUGCACGGCAUCAAGGAGCUGAAGAGCUCCAUGGAUUUCAAACCGAGAGCAUUCAUGGGAGGUCACGAGCCCGAGCUGGCACCGUACCCUGCCAUCCUCGCCGCUCCUUUGGCAGAGGAAGAGCACAUCUCCUCUGCAACAUCCAUCACGGAAUAUGACAAACUGUCAUCUUUUGCCACGUCUGUAGCUGAGGACCAGUCAAUAGCCUCAGUGACGGCCCCUCGCACUGAGGAGGCCGGGAGGAACUCUCUCCUGCUCGACACCAUCAACAGCGUCCCGUCUCGUGCAGAGGCCGCCCAAGGAAAAGACUAUCUCCACUCAGCGGGAACCAUCUCACCCACUUCCUCGCUGGAGGAUGACAAAUGCUUCAAGUCUCCCUCCUCUGAGGAGCACCAGCCCAACAUUCCUGAGAUGGAGGGCAAUGCAAAGAUCAAAUCAGUCCACGAAGAAGAAGACGACGAGGAGGACGAAGACGAGGACCAGACUCCGAACGUUGACAUCCCUCUGGGUAAACUGCAAGAGGGCUACGAACAAGCAGCCUCCAAGAUGCUCCAGGAAAAGGAGAAAUCUCCCUCUGCCACCUUUUCUCUUCCUCCCUUCACUACUACGCAGUUCUCCCCCACACAGGCUGUCAAAGACAACCAGGCACUCUUCAGCCCAGAGGGAUUUAAGGCCGGGGCAGAUAUUAAGCCCAUUUCUCCUCCUUCAUCUUUCUCCCCUGGGUUAGAGUCCCACUCCAGGCAGGAGAGCGAGGAAAGAUGUCUGAGUCCAGAUGACAGCACUAUGAGACUGGCCUCACCCACACAGUCUGUGCCAACGAGCAGCGGCUACUCUCCGACAGAAGACAAACCGUUUAAGGCAGAAGACAAAGACGAGGAUGUGACCAACGUUAAAGCCGACGCCCAGAAAACAGACAAAUCGGUCACUGUUCUAGACAACACCUCCUUUGUCGGUCUGCCAGGUGACAAGACGGCCUCCGAAGCAUCUGAAGAGUCCGAUGAAGAUGAUGAAGACGAAGAAGACUAUAGCGACGAAAAGGAUUUAAAGCCUACUGUUACAGCCAAACUAAUGGAGGCAAAGGAAGGGUGCUUCUUGGAUGACGAAGAGGAGGUCAAGGCCUUGGUCAAGACAGAGGUGUCCUUUAGCAAAGAGGCAAAACCAAAACCUCAGGUGGUGUACUCAGAUGAAGACGAAUACGAUAAAGAUGAUGAUGAUGAUGACAUAACUGACACAGUGUCGAAGCAAUUAGCAACAGAUCAAAUCAAAGCAGACUUUAAAAGUGAGAGCGCGGAGGAAACUGAUGAGUCUCUUAAAGAGCCGGAGAAAAGCGUUCAUUUCAGUCUUUAUGAAUUCCCAGAGAAGGAGAGCAAAGAAAAGGCUGCGUACAUAAGACAAGACACCCCCUACGUCCACGGCAAAACGUUCUCUUACAGUGACUUCUACGACAGCAAAACGAGCUCAGUGGAAUCCGAUUCGUUUUGCCAGGAGUCCUUAGAGAAGAUGCAGAAGGACGUUGCCAAGAGUGGAGGGGAUUUGCAGAAACACGAGCCCCCCUCCCCGGUCUCAUCCAUGGAAAAGAUGUUAGAGAAAGAGGGAUUUACUGCCUCGCAAGGAAAAGAGUCCUCCACGCCAUCGUGGCUCGACUGCAAGAGCACUUCUGCUUCACCCCCAUUUGAAAAAGAGGACAAAGAAAAGGAGACAUUUGAAUACAACACAGGCAGCCGAUUCCCUUCAGUGGCAGACAGACCUGAGGCCCUGUCCACCUCUUUAUCAUCAGACAAAGACUCUGUUGCUUUCAAAGGUCCAACUGACACCACAAAGCCCCAGACGUUCGCCUCAAAGGAAGCUUAUGAUGAAGGCAAACCUGGUCCCACAGGCUUCAGCGAGAGAGGAGGGUGUUUGGAGGUUGAUAUGCGAAAACUAACAGCAAGGGAUGAGGAGGACUACGAUGAUGAUGAAGUAGUUGAUGAGUAUGAUGAUGAGGAGGAGGACGACGACGACGACGACGAAGAGGAGGAGGAGGAGGAUGAAGGUGCUAUAGAUUCUGAUAUGGAGAAAGGUGCCAAAGAGAAGUCAGAGAAGGAAGCAAAAAGUCCAAUCAGUGAAAUGUUCGGCUCCAAUAGGCCUGAAUUCAUGGUUUCCAUGGCUGGCUAUGGCUACAACAGUCAAGGGAAGCCCAGUAUGAACGAAAGCAGCUCCAGCUCUCUUACCAAAGCUGAAGACAAAGCUGUGGUAGACUCCUCAUCCUUCAGUGGAAAGCCAACUGAUUUAGGGACUACCGGUUUUUCGGGCUACUCCUCAGGGUUUGAUUACUCAUAUGGAUGUGGCGAGAAAGACUCAUUUUCAUCAAGUCAGACCACAGACAAGGGAAAAGACGAUUUCAAAAUGGAGUCAAAGGAGGACGGCUAUUACCAGAGUGACACCGCUGAUUCUGAUUUUGAGAAACAGAAGACACCGGACCUUCUGAGUAAGAGAUCACUGGACACGAGCUUUCAGUACACAACCACCGCCGCCCCUGGGUACUCCUCCUCCUCCGCCUAUAGCUACUCAUCCUCCACCUCCGGCUCGCUGUCCACCAGCCGUCAGUUCGGAGAGGAGCUGGAGACACCCGCUUCUGCCGAGCCCCUCUUCGAGUACUCCUCUUUUAAAGAUGAACACUCGCUGGUCAUGGAUUCUCCCUUCUCCAGCUCCGCUGGCGCCAAGGACGACUAUCUGGAAGUGUCCGAGAAACAAAUCACAGCUACGACCACGGCCGAGUCCACCUCCAGUUUGGCUCGCUUCUCACCCCUCAGCCCGUUCGAGGAAGUCAAACCUUUCAGCACGCUCUCGUCCACUGGCUUUGCUGAGGACAAGAAGGAGCACACAACCGCAUUAGGUGGCGUCAUGGACAAAGGUCCUCAAUCUGACUGUUUCUAUAAGCCUGAAUGGUCUGACGGGUCAAAGCUGGAUACAGCUGUCGGGUAUGGGGCGUCAGCAGGGCCGUUCUCUCAACAAGAGCUCUCCAAGGAUAAAGAGGCAGCCAGCGCUGCUCUGUUUGGUGUCACUUCCUCACCACGCCCAGACAAAGAAGGAAAGCAUUACUUCGAGGAGACCGACAGCAGUGAAGAAGAGGAUGAGGAGGCCUACAUGCGUGAGAUAACUCGGAGGUCACCCUCCAGUGGCCUGGCCGGGAGUCUCCCCUUUUCUGACAAGCCAGUUGCUCCAGCUGCCACUGAAAAGACAGCUGGUGCACUCCCUGAUGUUCUCGGCUCCUACAUGUCGUCACCUCUCCAGGCGAGCAAGCCAGAAACAGCCAACGGCCCCACGGAGGUCACUACAAGCCCCACCCUCCCUGCUGGUGCAGCAGCCAGUGGUGCGGCUCCAGGCCCGCCCAAGGUAGAGUCCAGGGAGGGAGCGGCAGGUUACAGGAGCGCCUAUGAGUGGGAGAUGCCAAAGCCCCAGAUGGGGAUGGUGCCUGGAGACUCCCCUCCCCAUUAUCGUCACGAUGACGAGUUUGAAGAGGAGUGUGAGAUGGAGCCGGAGCACCCUGCCCGCCCACUUUCACUCUCCUCAACGGACCAGCCGUUCCACUCACCCUUCUACUCUGAGGAGUGCAGCCGAGGAGGGCAGGAUGAGGACGAUGACAGCGAUCAGGAUUUCGCCGGUGAUGCACCCAUGGGAGCCACCUCCUCUUACACCAGCCGCACCUCUCCCGGAUAUUCCUCCUCCGAGUACAGGCAGCGCAAAGAGGACCUCUCGCCUUCCUUCAUCAACCCCUGUAUGCGCCGGUUAUCCAGCGAUGAGGAUGACGAGGAGGAGGGACGCAGGAGCGACCAAUCGCAGGAGGGCAAUGACCACGAUCUGUCAGUCAAGCGACGGGCUCACAAACAGCCUCAUCCUCACCAGUCUCACAGCAGUUCUCUGCACCAACCCGGUGGCAUGUCGGCGGGUCUGGGUCUGGCCACAGAGGACACACCACCCACCUCCGUCAGCGAGUCUAUUGGUUCUCAGUCAGACUCUGAUGGGCCUCCGGGGGAGGAAUACCCCUCAGCCACUGGUGAAGGCCACAUGGACUCGGAUGAGGACGCAGACUACAUGCCCAUCGAUAAAAUAUCUGCCACAGGAAGCGGCCAUCCCUCCUCAAGGAUGAGCCAUGACCCUCCUCCCGCUCCCAUCGUGGACCCUCACCCUCAUCCCCCACGCCCAGACGUUUGCAUGGUGGAUCCCGACACUUUGGAUAACGGGUCAGUUAAGAAAGAGCCAAAAGCAAAGGGCUUGAAGAAAUCCUCCGGGAAAACCAAAUCGUCAUCGCCAGCGAGGCGCAAGAGGUCUCCCAUGCCUGUCAAACAGACGCAGUCCCCUCGCAGUGCCUCGCUGAAGAAGAAGGAGGCGGACAAGAGCUCACGUAUGUCUCGUCUGUCGGACGGACAAGGCUCCAAAGAUGACGACGUCUCCCGGUCGAGCUUCAACCCUGGCAAAGGGCUGACCAACGGGGUCAAGAGCAGUUCAGGUUCCCAGAAGUCCAGCUCUGCAGGUGCUCCUGGCCUUCCCAUUUAUGUAGACCUGGCCUACAUUCCCAAUCACUGUAGUGCCAAGAACGUGGACCAAGAGUUUUUCAAACGCAUCCGCUCUGCGUACUACGUGGUCAGCGGGAACGACGCCGCAGGUGGCGAACCAGGCCGAGGCGUCCUCGAUGCACUGCUGGACGGCAAAGCUCAGUGGGGAUCAAACCUGCAGGUGACGCUGAUCCCCACCCACGACACGGAGGUGACCCGCGACUGGUACCAGCAGACGCACGAGAGGCAGCAGGAGCUCAACAUCAUGGUCCUGGCCUCCAGCAGCACCGUCGUCAUGCAGGAUGAGUCCUUCCCCGCCUGCAAGAUCGAGUUUUAAGAUCCUCGUUGCCUCCCUCCGCCCUCCUCCUGGCCUCCCCCAGUGUAGAUGUGUUUUGAAUUGCUCUUCCCUGUAAUAGCCCGAUAUACAAAUCCGUCUCUGCUUCGGGAGUUUGCGCGAUCGUUUUGCCGAAAGCAGAAACGGAUAUGGAUAACUUGUCUAUUUUUUUCUAGAUUUUUAUUCAUUUAUACGCUUGUUGUGGCUCUCGCCAUUUGUAUUACAAGCGUAGUUUUCUGACUGUUUGUCCUCCACUACAUUAUUAUUAUUAUUAUUAUUAUUAUUCAAUCACAUGAAAGGAACAAGUACAGUGUUCCUGUCAUUUAACCAGUUUUUUCCCCAACCCGUGUGAAACAGUGGCUUCUUUCUUUUAUUAGCGGAGACGACAUGUCCUUUGUAUUGUUUAGAAAAGAAGAAGAGGGGAACAAGCGGUUCCUCCAGAUUGUGUCACACAGGAAACCAUUUGUAGGCUGAUGCUUUGCUCGUCUUCUAAUUGGCAUAAAUCAAAGCACAAGUCGGCGGAAGCUCAAAGCCAGCAACAAAGUCUUUCACAAUACAACCCAUCGAUCGCCGAUUGUAAAUGUGACUUAACUUUCCCCCUCGUCUCCCUCUCCGUGUCUUUUGAACGAUGACGGUCGCAGUGUUGGACUUUGUGCCUCCUACUGACAUAGCGAGAUAGAAAAUGUCCUUUCAAUACGUCUUUUGGAGUAGAUAGGCAAGACCGUACUCGAAAAUCUGUACCGUAGUGAAAUUAGAUAUUUCUACAGUUUGAAAAAUCAAUCGUGCCGAUGUACGAAUUUCUCCGUGGCUGUUAUUCCUUAACGGUGACUUUGACGAAUACGUUUUCGCUCUCUAAUUGUUGCUGUCGUCUUCGAUGUGUUCUAUCAGUGUCAUUUCCAGCGUCGUGAGGAGAGAUGCGGACCGAGUUUUUAAUCUUUCCAUGCGGAACAUCGCUCUCGUGCGAAGCUCAUCAGGAAGAAGAAGAAAGUCGACACAACUCGCAUCAGUUGUUGCGUCUAGAAAAGACCUUUUAUUCAAAGAGCUGUAUCGGAGGACGAAGAAUGUAUUCCACCGCAGCAACAGGGACAUGUGGUUGCGAGGAGGGCGAAGAGGCCGUGGGGCUGUAGACGUCGUUGGACUGUCACCCACAUGUGCCUUUGUGUCCUGCUGUGCCCGAGGGGGAACGGAAGUGUAGUGUAGUUGUGACGGAGACGUGAGGUCACGAUAGUGUCGGCCGGGCCGCUCUCCUCCGAGUUGGACAUGUUGAGUGUAAAAUGGCACUUUUAAAGAGCACCGACUCAGUAUUUCAGCCGCCGUCGUGACAUUUUAGAUUUCCCGGAGCCGCCACUCGAAGAAGCACAAGGAGCAAACGCGUGCGCGUGAAACCUGAAGCAGUUUUUCAGAUUUAGCAACAUAAAAAAGGGCGAUUACGGUGUUUUUCCUCUUUUAUUUUAAUUUGCGAGAACAAGUUUCGUCUUGAGUUUGCCAAGUUGUUUCUUUUUAGCCACAAUCACCUCAACUCGAUGCCUCACCGUUUUUUUCUUUUCAUUCAGUGGUGGUGAAUCAGUGGAUGUUUUUAAAUGACACUUUAUUAACUCAAUGUGACAUAUUUAGACGUGUUUUAAUUUGAUAUCGCCAAUUUUUUAUAUUUUGAUAGGUUUUCAGGAAUUUAAUAGAUUUUAACCGGGAACAAAAACCAACUCUGGAACAAACGACCGGACCAACAAACCUCACUGGGGGUUUGCAAUUUUAUGAUCCACAGUGAGAAAAAAAGAAUUCCUCUGUAUGAUACAUUAUUUAACUCCACGUAUCUAGAGAUGCAUGAACAGCGGAUGCACGUACGAUGGCUCUUUGAAAUAAAACAGAAAGGGGUGAGCAGAGGGCUGCAGACCUCAGCCGCUCCAGCUGAUUUGAAUGUGAAGAUGCAGAUUUACCUUUACGUUCUCCGCGAUGGAGAGCGACGAUCUCCUGGUUGCCUUGGUUACUGUGCAUCAUGUGGUACAUCUGCUCACAGCAACAACCUUACAGCAGGGGAGAAGCACGUGAAGAGAGUUUAAAUACCACGGGCAGUUUCUUUCUGCGGACGCUGUUUGACGAACGUCGACGUUCCCGUCUGCGGGACUAACAAGCUCCAGUGUCCGGUGUCGAGUGGAGGUUCCUCAUUCCUGUCGAAUUCAAAACAAGAUGCAUUAACAGCUGAUUUGCUGAACUGUGACGUCAGCGCUUUCCUGUACAAUACUGCAAAGGCUAAAUAUUAAGAUAAUACCAAUAUCAAUCACUACUCACAAAUGAACAACAGACUAUUCAAAACCCAAACUGCCAGACGUGAGUCAAACACAUUUCUAUCCAUAGCAACCUUCCUAUUAUUCACACUCUUUUCCAGACAAACUUAAUAUACACACUCUCACAUAACUGCUGCAUUUUCGUAUCGUAAAAAGAAAAAAGGAAAUGUCCGUGGCCGUGAAGCAGCGAAUCAUCCUUCAGGCCGUGGGGUUUCCAGCGAGCCCUGCUUGUGUGCGUGCAUGUGAACCUUUUGAAUUCUGCUGUAAUGUAAUAGCUUGAACAGACUUAAAAACAUAUAGAAUUGCUAUUUUAAAAAGAUGUAUAUUGCAGGAGCGGAGCAGUGCGGUACGGCGGAGGCCCGUGUAACCGGGCUGCGCUGUAAAGAAACGCCCCGUCGUGAUGGGUUUUUGGUUUUUUUUUCGUUUCCUCUCCUUUUCUGCUUCAUGGUUCUACUUUUCAUCUCUUGUUUCCGGUGCAAUAUUCUCUUCAUCGCUCUCCGUAAACGCUUAAAAAGGUAAAAUAGAAAACAGAUGUAUUGUUAAAAAGGAAGAAAAAAAAAAUUGAGUUGUGGCGAAGUCGACCAAAUAAAAAUCAUUUACUGAAGAAAA